AUGGCGUCGCUAGGUGAGGAUCUGCUCGUCACUGUGAACAAGCUCCAGGAUCUGGUGUUCAACACCAUUGGAAAUGAUUCCCUUGAUUUGCCUCAGAUUGUUGUUGUCGGCUCGCAAUCUUCCGGCAAGUCAUCAGUACUGGAGAACAUUGUCGGACGGGACUUCUUACCACGUGGAAGCGGCAUCGUUACUCGACGUCCCCUGAUCCUUCAACUGAUCAACAUCCCUAGCGAGCGUGACGACCUGCCCGAUCACGAUGAGGUCCAUGUUCCGCACACGGCAGCCAGUGUGGCCGGCCAGCACGAAUGGGCAGAAUUCCACCACCAACCGGGCCGCAAGUUUGACGACUUUGCGUCAGUCAAACAGGAAAUCGAAGCUGAAACGGCACGGAUCGCAGGAAGCAACAAGGGCAUCAACCGCCAGCCAAUCAACCUCAAGAUCUUUUCCCCUCAUGUCCUAAACUUGACUUUGGUCGAUUUACCGGGUCUGACCAAGGUGCCGAUUGGUGAUCAACCUUCCGACAUUGAGAAGCAGACUCGAACUCUCAUUUUAGAAUACAUCGCCAAGCCGAAUAGUAUAAUUCUUGCGGUAUCCCCGGCCAACGUGGAUUUGGUCAAUUCAGAAGCCUUAAAGCUCGCGCGCCAAGUGGACCCCAUGGGCCGGAGGACAAUCGGAGUUUUGUCCAAGCUGGAUCUUAUGGAUCACGGCACGAACGCUAUGGAUAUUCUGUCUGGCCGGGUAUACCCUCUAAAACUGGGUUUCAUCGGCGUGGUCAACCGAUCGCAACAGGAUAUCCAGUGUGGAAAGUCGCUCUCUGACGCUUUGCGUGCAGAGGCAGACUUCUUCCGUCACCACCCGGCAUAUCGCAACAUGGCCAACCGGUGUGGUACCCAGUUCUUGGCUAAGACCUUGAACUCCACCCUUAUGACGCAUAUUCGAGACCGGUUGCCUGAUAUCAAAGCUCGUCUGAAUACGCUGAUGGGCCAGACCCAGCAGGAGUUGGCUAGCUAUGGCAACAAGCAAUUCAGUGGCAAGGAACACAGGGGAUCGCUGAUCCUACAGCUCAUGACUCGCUUUGCCUCCUCCUUCAUCUCAUCUAUUGACGGAACCUCCUCAGAGAUCUCCACUAAGGAGCUUUGUGGUGGUGCCAGGAUUUACUAUAUCUUCAACGAAGUCUUUGGCAAUUCUCUGGAGACAAUUGACCCUACACACAAUCUGACGGUCUCGGAUAUUAGGACAGCCAUCCGCAACUCGACGGGCCCCCGGCCCAGUCUUUUUGUACCAGAGCUCGCUUUUGAUCUCUUGGUGAAGCCGCAAAUCAAGCUUCUGGAGGCACCCGCUCAACGAUGUGUGGAGUUGGUAUACGAGGAGCUUAUCAAGAUCUGUCACACCUGUGGCUCUCAAGAGCUAUUGCGCUUCCCCCGUCUGCAGGGUAAGUUGAUUGAGGUAGUCUCCGAUCUUCUUCGUGAACGCCUGGGGCCAUGCUCUAGCUACGUAGAAUCUUUGAUCUCCAUUCAAAGAGCCUACAUCAACACCAACCAUCCCAACUUCCCUGGUGCCGCAGCCGCUAUGCAAUCUAUCAUUCAGAAUCGUCAAGAAGAAGAGCGAAAGGCUAUCUUGGCCGAGGAGAAGAAAAAACGGGAGAAGCGACGCCAGAAGGAGCUGGGCACGGCCAAUGGCACUGCUGGCAUGCCAGAGGACGAGGAAAUCCAAUCCGAAUCCAAGUCCCAGAACCUUCCCCUCCGAAACCAUUCUUCCAAGGGUGCGCGCAGUUUGUCUCCCAAUGUGAGCCGCAACGCAGAGAAUGGUAUCGCUGCCACUCUGAACGGUACUUAUGCGGGUCAAACAGCUGGUUUCGGUGGCUCGCACACCACGCGUGACUCCUUCUUGAACUACUUCUUCGGCAAGGAAGGCGUUCAAAACCCAGCUUCGCCACCCCAGCAAAUGAAUCGAGCUGCCCAUAUGAGUGAGCCUAGCAUCAGCCAGAGUAUUCGUCGUGCAGAAGUACGGUCACCAGUGAUGCCAGAGGAGUAUACUGCUCCCUCGGAGUAUGGAGGUGAUACGUCAGUUUUCCCUAAUGAAAACGCGGAGCCUACUCUUACUGACCGCGAAAUGCUGGAGACUGAACUUAUCCGUCGUCUGAUCUCUUCAUACUUCCACAUUGUUCGCGAGACCAUUGCCGAUCAGGUCCCCAAAACCAUCAUGCACUUGCUUGUCAACCACAGUAAAGAUGUCGUCCAGAACCGACUUGUCAGCGAACUCUACAAAGAAGAUCUGUUCGGGGAGUUAUUGUACGAAGACGACGGCAUCAAGGCCGAGCGCGAGAAGUGCGAACGGCUGUUGGAUACUUACAAAGAGGCCGCGAAGAUUGUUGGUGAAGUUUUAUAG